AUGCAAUCAUUGGACAUAAGUGACCCUCCACACCCAGAAGUAAAAGUUUGGGAAUUUCACAUUUUGUACAUUUCACUAGUUUGAUAGCCUAUUUAUUAUAGGCAAAACUGUUCUUUCUAAUCAUUUCAAAAUGUUGCUAAUUUUUAUCUCUACAUUAUUCAAAUUUCAUUGAACGUUUUGUUUUUGUAAAAUGUGUUAUCUAUUCACAAGACCUUCCUUUGUUUCUGUUCAAAUGUCCAGAGCGUCUCGUUGAGCCUAGUGUUUGUAAGGUCUUCAGCGUUUUGAAGGAUGGCCACUGUGUGAUGGCUCUUCAGUGCUCCUCUACAGUGAAGGACACCAGCUUUUCUUGGGAGCCAGAGGCUUUGUUUGACGGCUCCUUCUGGAGGGGGAGUCCCAACGCCAACAUAUCUGUUGUCUGGUCGUCUUACAGCCCCAACAGAAAUGUCACCUUCAUCUGUAUUGCCAGCAACGGGCUCACUAACGCCUCUAGGGUUGUGAGGGAGACAUGCCAAGGUACAGUCAUUUCUAGGGCCAGGAUUUAUUUCUGUAACACAUGACCUGACCAGGAAAAACUGGUGUAUUCAUGAACCUUUGGGCAGGGAAUUCUUAGGCCAGCCAGCUAUGCAGUAAGACAGGGAGGAAUUAUUGUAGAUGCUGGUCAAGCUUGCGGUUGAAUUUGUGAACAAAGUGAGGCAUUAUUUGUGUUCUUACCUUGUUACCACACUCUUUUGUUCUCUCCUAUGUCCUCAGAUGAACAGCCCAAGCCUGACGUGGUGGUGGAAGGGGAGACCCGCAUCCCUGGGAUCGUAAUGUUGCUCUUAGGAUUUCUGUUUGGAUGUCUUUUAACAUAUAUUUUCAGAGGUGAGUGGGAGUUAAAAAUUACAACAAAUUUUCAUUUCUAUCAAAUUUCACAGUGUCUUGUGUAUCAAUAAACGCUCCCUUAAUUUAAGUUCUAGCUGAAAUGAAGACGUGUUACAACCUAUAUUUUGUUUGCUAGGUGCAAAAUAGAAGAUAUCACUGACUGCCUUGUUUUAUGUUUGUCAUAGAGUCCUUCACAUGCAUUUACAUUUACAUUUUCGUCAUUUAGCAGACGCUCUUAUCCAGAGCGACUUACAAAUUGGUGCAUUCACCUUAUGAUAGCCAGUGGGACAACCACUUUACAAUAUAUCACUUUUUUGGGGGGUGGGGUAGGGGGAGGGUAGAAGGAUUACUUUUAUCCUAUCCCAGGUAUUCCUUAAAGAGGUGGGGUUUCAAGUGUCUCCGGAAGAUGGUGAGUGACUCCGCUGUCCUGGCGUCGUGAGGGAGCUUGUUCCACCAUUGGGGUGCCAGAGCAGCGAACAGUUUUGACUGGGGGUCACGCCAAGGUUCUUUGCACUCUGGGAGGAGGACACAACGGAGUUGUCAACCGUGAUGGCGAGAUCAUGGAGUGGGCAGUCCUUCCCCGGGAGGAAGAGCAGCUCCGUCUUGCCGAGGUUCAGCUUGAGGUGGUGAUCUGUCAUCCACACUGAUAUGUCUGCCAGACAUGCAGAGAUGCGAUUCGCCACCUGGUUAUCAAUCAGGUUCAACAAGUAAGCAGCUUUAGUUUAGAAACAACUUCCUCCUGUGCACAGACAUCAAACAGCUCAACGUCCAGUUUUGAUUUACGUUUGGUUGAGUUAUCAACUAAUGUGAAUUCAAUGUGAAAUCAACCCCAAAAAAUCAAUAUGUCAUUGGAUUUAGGUCUAAGAUUGGUGAAAAAAAUAUGGAAUGCCUUUACAUUACAGAUUUUUUUCAAAUCCAAUAACUUUUCCACGUUGCUUCAAUCUCCUCACAUAGAUUGUUUUGGUUGAAAUGACGUGGAAACAAUGUUGAUUCAACCAGUGUUUGACUGUUUGACCAGUGGGUAUUGUCGUAGUAAAUAUAAAAUGUUAUAGCUUGGUCUGACUAAAAUGUUGUGCAUGACCCAUUCUGUGUUAGGAGCUUGUUUUCAAUCAAUGCUCUUCCUAUGCGAGAACAAUGGACAGAGGACCAUCUCUUGUCAAGGACAACACCCACGCCUCCAGGCCACAAUCUAUGUGGCUCCCCACGAGUUCUUUUGACACAAACAUUUCUCUGUGGAAACUAUACUUCUUUCUACUGGUCGGGUGCCUAGGGCAGAGGACUCUGCCGUGCACAAAUGGGGCUUCUGCUCUGGACAGAGCAGACGCGCCUCCUACGCCUCGGGAACUAAUCAAGGGACUAGAAGAAGGACCCCUUUCAUUAUGUUGCAUGGUAUAAAGUAAUGCUGAAAACUCUGUUUUUGAUCCCUUCUCAACUGUUCUCCAUAAGAGGCAAUUGAAUGGGUCCAUGCAUGUAGCUUGAGCAGAUACCAGCUAUCUCUGUGUUUAAUAAACUGCCUUUUGCUUAAGCAUAUUCCUCUCCGUCUAGCGUCGUUGGUAUUGUACUUCCUCUCCUUAUGGUUCCACCAACAAAAUGGUAGCAGAGGAUGGUUUAAUUCGAUCUAAAAGUUGGUGCGAGAGGAAAAGGCAAAUCAUCGAUCUAAAAACAGACGGAAGAGUGACCUGAAAUCCAGGAGAAAUCAACUAUUCGUCUUGGCUCAGGAACCUGAUCAGAGCGCUCAUCUAAAAAGGUAUGCAGAGCCUGUUAAAACAAAAUCUUGCAUAUUGUACUAUAGACUAUACCAAAUUAUGAUCAGUAGUACUGAGCGUGAGUAUGAAUACUUGUUAAAUAAUUUCCAUCCUAAAUGAAUUAAGGCAUAAAUGAGAUAUCUGGUACUGUGAACACUGAAUACUGAUGGUUGUAUAUUAUGAGAGUCUUACCAGUGGCUGAAGACUGAGGAUUGUAUCUUAUGGGUUAAAUUGCGAUUUAACACAGUAUGUGGAUAAGAUUUGACCCACAACUAGAUUCCUAAAAGGACCCAGGUUGAACUGAGACUUUUUGCAUAAAUCCUAUUAGGGGAGGUCCUACCCUAUAGGUUGCGAGAAGGUUGAAGUCAAAACUGUGGCAGAGUUCUAGACAUUAGGUGGGGGAGAAUCACCGAAAUUGACCAGAGGUAUUAAAUUCCCGGGGAUGGCAGUUAUCUUUGUGAUUUCACAUUUAAAACGUUCCAUUUAAAUGGUUGUGUGAAAGGUACAAUUAAGCUGAGACUAAGUCUUUUCUAGUGAUUGAGUUGUCUAAAAUUUUUUUUUUAAAAUUAUAAAAAUUCCCUUGAUAGGGAUCCAGUUGCUGCUGUGACUUCACAUAAUAAAGGUGCCUUUUUAAGGUUGUGUGAAGGGUGCAGUCGAACUGAGACUAUGUUUUAGGACGCUCUGGUAAUCUAAAUUCAAGUUGUUUCUCCGACUUCACAUAUUAAAAUUGGUCCUUACAAAAGGACGUGUGAAGGGUGGUAGUCGAACUGAGAAUGUGUUUAAGGACUCUUGAUAGCCUGAAUACAUUAAGCAUUGUAAUUCCAAUUGGCUUUUGGCUGUGUGUUUUCAUGUUUUAUAACGUGUAACUUUUGGCUGUGUGUUUUGAUGUAUUAUAACGUGUAAUGAAUGAUGGGAAGUUAUAGUGAGACUUAUGAGACUGAACACCAAUCUGUGGAUUAGAGUGAAUUUGACCUAGGGUUUCAGGAACCGGGGACUGGGGAGACUGAUAUUGAAGUUGUGCACGAUUCUAGAACAAGCGUGGAUAACUAAAGCGUGGUGUGUGCUGUCUGUGGAAAUUACUGCAUUGGUAUAUGUGACUGGAAUUCUGAUUUUUAUGAUAAUGAUUGCAUUACACAUAAAAUAAAAACAAUCAGCCUCUUUAUAUACGAGGGUGUCAUACAUGAGAUAAGUCUGUAUUUGAUACCGAUAAUACAUCCAAGAUAGGGAAAGCAAGAUGGCAGGACCAAACAUAACCAUACCCACGUUUAAUGAAUACCUAGAACAGCGAAUGACAGAGAGAGCAGGGGGAAAAUAACAGUAUAAGACAGUUAAAAAAGUAUGGGAGCAGGUGAAGUUGAGAUGGACACAGGCAGGUUACCUCAGAGGGGGACCUCCCUCGGAGGAAGAACUCAAGAUUAUGGAGAAAGGUCUAGAAGUGGCAGUUGAGAAAGCCGAGGAAGAGCUGAGAAUAGGGACAUGGGCAAUAGUGGAGAGCAGGAGGGUGCAACCAAAGAAAACAGAUACGAUGUGUGUGGCCACUGAAGCAGCUUCCCCAGAGGCCAGUACCAGCACCACCCCUGGCCCCACCUCACUAUACAGCCUAACAGGCACCCAGACACCAGCACCACUCCUGGCCCCACCUCACUAUACAGCCUAAAAGGCACCAUGACUUUUGGCCCACAACCACAACCAUGGCCUCAGCGGGGCACUCCACCGGGUCCUCCUAGAAGAGGGAACUACCUGUGCUACCAUUGUGGAAGAGCUGGACAUUUCAAGCGUGAUUGUUGGGAUCUGCAGAAAUCUAACCAUCAACCCCCAGGGAGGGGAAGAGGCAGAGGUACACCACAAUGGAGAGGUAGAGGAAGGGGAGGACCCCCACAACAACCAUAACCCCACCUGUCUGAACUCCAGGGGCCCGAAGGCGUGA